GCACCCAAGGAGAAGAGCACUUCGAGACGCGGCAUGCGCGGAGUGCGACGGAAGCCCUUGGACUUCACCUUCACAGUCAUUUUCUCAGGCUACGACCAUGACAAGCAUGCGGAGUUUGAGCUGGUGCCGCGCCUGAUCGGCAAACGUGGAUGCAACAUGCUGCCUAUCCAGAAAAUCG